CCUCUUACCCAUUUCAAUAAUGACUACCAUAACGUUUACACCAUGUAUACGCACUAUCUUAAACAAAAACAUGUCCAGAAAAAAAAAUACUAAAGAUUUCAAAGCUAAACCAUUUUGCAACACAAUUACGUCCAUUUCUGUUGCAGCGAUCUCUUCGCUAAAAUUCUGCAUAACAGAAGUUGCAAACUGUUGGAUAUCAAUUUAUAUGAAAGGUGAAACAACAAAUUUCGCCACCAUAGCAAUUUCGUUGAAAUCCUUGAAACGAUUUUUGAAGUUAUCCUUCAAGCUAGAGACUAUUUCUACAUGAUAUUUACUGUCAUAUGGUUCUAAUGGACGUUGAGAUAUCUUUUCUGAACGAAGUUGAAAGUACGUGGUAUCGCCAUCGGUUAAGU